ACCAGCGAGAGGGGGAGAGAAGAAUUGCCCUUUAAUUCUCUCUCUCUCUCUCUCCCGAGAUUUAAACAAAGUGCGUAUAAAACAAUGAAUGUGAUGCGUCGUUUCAGAAGUAUUGCUUCCGGCCUCUCGUCCGUCUCAGAUCCAGGAGGGGAUUUAAUCAUAAGGAGGGUGAAAGAUGAACAAGAAGUUGAUCCAGCGGCUGCAGGUGAACCUGCAUUAGAAGAAGAAUGCAGUAGUACUGCUUCAAACAAGGAUGCAGCUUCUACAUCUGGGGAAACUAAAACAUCACAUGUUGCUAGACAUGACAAAUCCCGAUAUGCCAGUGCGCUUGAUGAUCAAGAUGACAACAUAAGGGAAAUGGAGCCUCAUGCCAUUAGUGGUAACGGAACUGAAGCAGGUCAGAUAAUAGUAAUUAAUGUGGGUGGCCGCGAUGGACAACCCGAACAGAAAUUGUCGUACAUGACAGAGCGUGUGGUAGGUUCUGGUUCUUUUGGGGUUGUUUUUCAGGCAAAGAACCUUGAAACUGGAGAAAGUGUUGCUAUAAAGAAGGUUCUACAGGACAAGCGAUACAAGAAUAGGGAACUCCAGAUUAUUCGUUUAUUUGAUCAUUCUAAUGUUGUCCAAAUGAAGCAUUGCUUCUAUUCAACAACUGACAGGAAUGAAGUUUACCUUAAUCUUGUAAUGGAGUAUGUUUCUGAAACUGUCUACAAAGUGUCUAGGCACUAUAGCAGAAUGAACCACCACAUGCCCAUUAUAUAUGCGCAACUCUAUGUAUACCAGAUUUGUCGAGGUUUGAAUUAUAUGCACAACGUGAUCGGUGUAUGCCACCGAGAUAUCAAACCUCAAAAUUUAUUGGUCAAUCCUCACACACAUCAGCUAAAGAUUUGUGAUUUUGGGAGUGCAAAGAUGUUGGUUCCUGGUGAGCCAAACAUAUCAUACAUUUGUUCUCGGUACUAUAGGGCUCCGGAGUUGAUAUUCGGAGCCACUGAGUAUACCGUUGCAAUUGACAUGUGGUCUGUUGGUUGUGUCAUGGCUGAACUACUUCUCGGACAGCCUAUAUUUCCUGGUGAAAGUAGUGUCGACCUGCUUGUAGAAAUCAUUAAGGUUCUAGGGACACCAAGUAGGGAGGAGAUCAAAUGUAUGAAUCCGAACUACAGGGAGUUUAAGUUCCCACAAGUCAAGGCUCAUCCGUGGCACAAGGUGUUUCAUAAAAGAAUGCCUCCAGAGGCAGUGGAUCUAGUCUCACAGCUGCUCCAGUACUCGCCAACAAUGCGUUGUAACGCUUUGGAGGCUCUUGCACAUCCGUUCUUUGAUGCUCUAAGGGAGCCAAAUGCAUGCUUGCCUAAUGGAAAACCUUUGCCUCCUCUCUUCAACUUCACUCCCCAAGGGUGGUUUAUUGCUCAAUGAAAAAUGUAAUAGUCAUAAACAAAAAGGCAACAAAGUUUACAAUUUUGUUAUUUGUGAAUCCAUAAAUGUUAACUUUGUUAAUUUUGUGAUUCCAAUAUUUUCCAAAGUUUAUAUCCAGAUACAUGUUAUGUACUAUGUAUUGUGAUUUUAUUUCUUUUUUAGGUCGUUUUUGAUUGGUAGCAACCUUUGUUGCUUUUUUGUAGGAUGUUAGCAAAAAUAAAUAGUUAACAAAUGG